CUCUGUGACCAGCAGCAGGUUUAUUUGUCUCACUCCUCUUAACUUGUAUCGACACAAUUUAUUAACAUUUACCUUUUUAUUGUCACAUUUAAUGUUUCUUCUUAAACAAAUAAGAAACAUUAACUUAAUGAACUUUAUUUUUGAUAAAAGAAGAUAACAGGAAACACUCGUUUUGAUUAUUUUAUCCUUAAGGAUUUUUGAUUUGAAAUCAUUUUUCGGAGGACUCUUCUCCUCCGCUCCUCUUACACCGGCCUCCUCCGCAGCCUCCUCCCGCCAUGGGCUCCGUGUUGCCCGGCACCUCGCUGGCCCUGAAGCCGGGCUUCAAGCCGCAGCAGCCGCUUUCCCUGGCCGACAUCAUCACCUCGGACAUCCUGCACAGCUUCCUGUACGGUCGCUGGAGGCACGUGCUGGGCGAGCAGCAUCAGCACCACCAUCAGCAGCAGCAGCCGCACCUGCAGCACGAGGAACGCACCGCCCCGAGCGCGAGCCCCAAGACCGCGUUCACCGCCGAGGUGCUCGCGCAGUCCUUUUCUGGAGAGGUGCAGAAGUUGUCCAGUCUGGUUUUACCCAGUGAGGUGAUCAUCGCCCAGAGCUCAGUCCCAGGUGAAGGUUUGGGUAUUUUCUCUAAAACUUGGAUUAAAGCAGGAACAGAGAUGGGACCAUUUACUGGACGCCUCAUCUCACCUGAGCAUGUUGACCUGUACAAGAACAACAAUCUCAUGUGGGAGGUGUUUAAUGAGGACGGGACUGUCAGGUAUUUCAUCGAUGCCAGUCAGGAGGACCAGAGGAGCUGGAUGACGUACAUCAAAUGUGCAAGGAAUGAGCAGGAACAGAACCUGGAGGUGGUUCAGAUCGGCAGCAGCAUCUUCUACAAAGCAGUGGAGACGAUCCCUCCGGACCAGGAGCUGCUCGUCUGGUACGGAAACUCCCACAACACCUUCCUGGGAAUCCCUGGGAUUCCUGGAGGAGAUGAAGACCAGACCAAGAAGACCAAGACUGAUGAGUUCCAGACCUGUGAAGGCUCCUCUUCUUCCUCGUCCUCGUCUGCAUCCUCCUCCCUGGGCCGCAUGCGAUGUGUUAUCUGCCACCGCGGCUUCAACUCCCGCAGCAACCUGCGCUCCCACAUGCGCAUCCACACGCUUGACAAACCGUUCGUCUGCCGAUUCUGUAACCGCCGCUUCAGCCAGUCGUCCACUCUACGGAACCAUGUCCGACUGCACACCGGCGAGCGGCCCUACAAGUGUCACGUCUGCCAGUCGGCAUACUCGCAGCUGGCCGGCCUACGGGCACACCAGAAGAGUGCCAGACACCGGCCCUCAGGAGAUCCUGGGAACCAGGGGGGAGGUGUGGUGGUGGUGGGAGGUGGAGGAGGAGUGCAUUCAGCUCACUCACCUCCUCCUCAUCCACCACAGCUGACCACCAUGCCUCACCCGGCAUCACUGGUUCAUCAUAUACCAGCCAUGGUUCUGUGAUUGGGGGCAGGAGACAGACAGACAGACAGACUGUAACUUUAAUUUAAAUGUGAGCUUAAUGACACAGGAACCUGGUCGCCUUCAGAUCUGAUUGGCCACCUGGACCUGUCGUCAGUAUCACGACUAAAUGACCACAAAAUUGAAACUCUUAAAGCUAGGAUGGGCUACAUGUUUUUGUCAUGAGGGAUCAAUAAUGCCAUAUGAACCUUUAUGCAUGAUACAAACAAUCUGAUCUGAGAGAACUAGACUUUUCCACCUCCUGUUCAGGCUGUUUCCAUCUUCUGUGAAAGAAACUGGAAGAGAGUCUGAAAGAGAGAGAGCGCGCACUCCUACUGGCUCUUCUGCUAGUACUGUAUGUACAUGCUCCGUCAGUGGUAAGGCUGCUGGAGAUGAGACUCAACGAUCAAUUCAAGUCUUAUAGAGAAUAUGCCUACCCUAGCUUUAAACCAGAGUCAGAUCAGUUUACCUUGUUUACUGACAGUGACACAGACACAGCGCUGACCUUUCUGAGAAUAAUCACACUCCUAUCAGUGACCUUUGGUGAUUUCAAACAUGAAAAUCAAAUUAAAAAUAAAUGAUAUAUCUGCUCUAUAUAUAUCACGUGUUACAAUGCAUUCCAGUUGCCUCAGAGGUUGGAACUGGUAAUGCUGUCACACUGAGUUAAGUUUGAUCUAGUUUCCAUAAAACUUCAGUCGGAUAAUGUUAGCGUUAUAGCUAGGUUUGCUAACUAGCAUCUAAUUUAGUCCAUCUUAAUUAAAUUAAUUAAGAGUACGACUGAGAUUAUAAGGUUUACUGAUGCAUGAAUUUGACAGAUUAUCAAUACAAAGUUGUUCAUGGUUAAAACACACUGGCAUUAUAUUUAACCAGAAAAGAGAUUUUCAAGUGUUCAAAUAAGUUUUUCAUGAGCAACAUUUCCUCCCUGGAUUUUGUUCUUAUGAAGGUUAAAUUAUCAAGAAAGUUCCAUUUAAUUUCAUUUGGUCACCGUUGGAUUUUUGAUUCCUGGGUUAUAAUUUACAGAGAAGACGCCAAACAAGCAGGCGACAAAUGACAAGUGACAUCAUUCGAACACUGCAUCAGUGAUAACAAAUAGUGACUGUGGACCUCAAACCAUGCGGGGAGGUAUGUUAUAUGCAUGCAGACACAAAAACAUUGGUUAAAGUCUCUGAAUAUAAUGAAUGUUUCCAUGGAGACGAUGUUUCAUAUAACAGCAUGAUUAGACAGUGUUGUCCUGUGAUUCCAGAUGUUCAUGUCAGCAUACGCCAUGUAUGUGUGAUGGUGAUGCGCUUUAGUUUGCAUGCUAACGGUCUUCUGUUACAAGUGUAAUGGGUGUGUUGAAAAACUAGGAAGCACAAUAGUCACAAUGCUGAGGCUCCUUCAGUGGAACCUAUGGGUUCUUCUCAUUUCCUUCACGUCUCCUCGAUCCUUCACGCUGUAUAGCUUUAUACAGCCGUAUAGCUGUCAAAUGGACUGGUUUAAAUGUCACACAGAAUAACUUAUUUAAGAACCAACAUAUUUAAAAAGAACUUUCAUAGAUGUAGUAUAAUUAUUGGAGUUUUAAUUGUUGGAUGGGUGUGUGUGUGCUAAGUUAAUUAAAUCUAUAAACCCACAUCCCAAUCUGGCCAAUAUUUUCACGUUUGUAAUAAAGCAGGUACCUGUUAUUUAAGUACAGUAAUUAUGAUUGAACAUUUACUCUCACCAUAUCACAUGAGGAGGUGCGAUAUGUAUACAUGACGCUACUCAAUGAAAGAGUUCCUCGUAGAAUACACAAUUGUAUCUUCGUUCCUCCUGGACCCUCCUCUUCCCUCCCAAGUUAUAAGAUUUCUGUAUGAUUUUUAUCAUUAUUAUUGUUGUUAUUAUUGUUAUUAAUAGAUUCAAUUUGCAUCAUCAAUAAGCUUAUAUUGAGAACUAUUUAUUGUUCCAUAUCAAAACAAACACUUUUAUUUUGAAAAUGAUGUGAAAUAUCAUCAUAAAUAUUAUUAUUAUUUUGAAGUCUUUUUCUCAAAUGGUUGGACUCACUGAACAAAUUAGACACUCCGUGGCCCCCAGAUCGUUUGAGUUUGAGACCCCUGAUUUAAGGCAUUGAAAGAUCUGCACUUACAGCAGAGGGGGAAUUACAUUUAUGUUUACACCUGCACUACACCGCAGUGUAGUGCAGUUCAGCUCAGUACGGUACGGUAUGGAACAGUAAACCCUGAUGUGGUAUUUCCAGACACACAAAGAGCACCGAGGAGUUAGUGGUGAAUUGGUUCCCAUGCAAAUAUGAUAACAGGUUCCAACAUACAGCAGCUCGGACAGCACAUUCAGAAAUUACAGUGGCAAAUCAUCAUGGUGUUAAACACCAAAUAUUCAAAACAUAUGUUUUGGAAAGAUGGAAAAAAAUAAUCAUCUUACAAAACUUCAGAUGCUUCAGAUUGUUAUUUGGAUGCUAACAUGUUAGCAGGAGUCCUUACAGUGUUGAAAUGGAAGUCAGCAGGUUUCUCUGAAGAAGCACUUCUUAUAAAAAUAGCCUAAAAUUUAAAUAUAUAAUAAUUAUUAAUAGUCCUAAUUCAUGUCGGUAUUUCUUAAAAUUAUGGUUGAGACCCAAACUGGGUUAAAAUCAUUGUCAGCUCAGAAAAUGUUGAAUCUAAAUUUCUAAUCUUUGUAACUGGUAAUCUUUCCUGCAUGACAUUAGAUUUAUGUAUAAAUAUGUUGUGAAAUAAUCAGAAACUAAUCAGAAUUAAAAUAAAGCAGUGAUGAGUCCCUGUA